AUGAAAACGCCAAUUGCUGUUGUUGGGACCGCGUGCCGAUUCCCAGGCGAUGUAGCAUCGCCCUCGCAACUAUGGGAACUAUUGUCCAACCCAAAGGAUGUCCUGAAGGAUCUAGAUCCCAAACGAUUAAACCUCUCCAGCUUCUAUCAUCACGAUGGCGAGCACCAUGGGGCUACUGGUGUCCCAAAUAAGUCAUACAUACUGGAGGACGAUGUCUAUUGCUUCGAUGCAGCCUUCUUCAACAUCAGUGCCGCGGAGGCAGAGGCAAUGGAUCCACAACAACGGCUCUUACUUGAGACGACAUACGAGGCGCUGGAAGCUGCGGGAUAUACAUUGAAACAGCUGCGCGGCUCAAACACAUCCGUCUUUAUUGGUGCGAUGACCUCAGACUACCAUGACAUUCAAGCUCGGGAUUUGGACACAAUCAGCCGAUGGCAUGCAACAGGCACAUCUCCCAGCAUUCUCUCAAAUCGUGUCUCGUAUUUCUUUGACCUGAGAGGGCCAUCAAUGACUAUCAACACUGCAUGCUCCAGCUCACUGGUGGCAUUGCACCAAGCGGUCAACAGUCUGCGAAAUGGUGAUUGCACUAUUGCUAUUGUAGGCGGUGUCAAUCUCUUGCUCGACCCUGAAGUCUAUAUCAGCCAUUCCAACCUACAUAUGCUGUCCCCAACAUCAAGAUGUCGGAUGUGGGAUAAGGAUGCUGACGGCUACGCUCGGGGCGAGGGGUGCGCCUCAGUCGUAAUCAAGACCCUGGAUCAGGCGCUGCAGGAUGGUGACGAUAUAGAGUGCAUCAUUCGGGAGACUGCGGUCAACUCGGACGGCAGAUCUGCGGGAAUCACAAUGCCCAAUCCGGAGGCCCAGGCCACAUUGAUACGCCAGACCUAUGAACACAGUGCUGGUGAUCCCGUCGAGGCACAGGCAAUCCAGCAGACGUUCUACCCGCAGACCGUCGUUUUCAGUCCAAACGACAAGCUCUAUGUGGGGAGCAUCAAGACUCUUAUCGGCCACCUGGAAGGCUGUGCAGGUCUCGCCGGCGUGAUGAAGGCUAUAAUGUGCCUCAAGAACCAGAUCAUCACACCAAACAUGCUUUUCGACGAUCUCAAUCCGAAUAUCACCCCAUUCUAUGACCAUCUGGAAGUUCCUACAAGGACUCUGCCAUGGCCACCUGUUGCUCCUGGCUGUCCACUGAGGGUGAGUGUGAACUCCUUUGGUUUCGGAGGGACCAACGCCCAUGCCAUCAUUGAGAGCUACGUACCCCGCCAAUCGAAAAGCCAAGUCAGUUGCUGCAAAGAGCCGGCCGUUAAGAAGUAUGUAUCCGCCGGGCCAUUCGUGUUCUCGGCACACACUCAAGAUUCCCUACACUCGCACAUUGAGCAAAUAGCCCGAUAUGUGAGAAAAAAUGAAGCAUUGGGCCUAGGUGAUUUAGCCUGGAGCUUAGCCAAAAGAACCGUCUUACCCUUCAAGGCCUCAAUGACAGCCUUAGACAGAGGGGAGUUUCUUUGUAAGAUAGACACGCUGAGCCAGGAGUACAAAGACGACAAACGGGGUGAACAAAGCCACUUGCAAUGGAGGCAUUCGCCCGAGCCAGAGAAGAUUAUGGCCAUUUUCACAGGGCAAGGCGCACAAUGGGCUGGAAUGGGGCGUCAACUGCUAUGUGCGUCUCCCAUCUUCAGGCAGUCUAUCGAGCAGUGUGAGCGUGCUCUCGCACGUCUUCCUGACGGCCCCUGCUGGUCCCUGCACGAAGAACUUCUGGCAGACGAAGCUUCGUCAAGCAUCUCUAAUCCUGCAGUAAGUCAGCCGGUAACAACUGCAAUUGAGAUAGCUGUCUAUGAUCUCCUGUGUGCAUGUGGAAUCAAUGUCGAUGCAGUCGUGGGCCACUCAUCCGGCGAAAUAGUGGCUGCGUAUGCGCUCGGUAUUAUCUCGGCAGAGGAUUCCAUGAAGAUAGCCUAUUAUCGUGGAAUGCACAGCAAGCCAGUGAAACUAGGAGGUAUGCUAGCCGUUGGUCUUUCCUUUCAUGAAGCCAGUGAAUUGUGCUCUCAGCCGGCAUUAUCGGGUAGGAUCGUGGUAGGAGCGAGCAACGGGCCUGUGAGCACAACCUUAUCAGGCGACUAUGAUGCGAUACUCGAGGCAAAGGCACUCCUUGACCAUAAGAAAAUAUUCGCAAGAACGUUGCAGGUUGACGUUGCGUACCACUCACAUCAUAUGGUGCCAUGUGCUACCACAUAUCUUGAGUCAUUGACGGCAUGUAAUAUCCAAGUGGGAACACCCAGGAGUGGCUGCACAUGGAUCUCAAGCGUCACAGGAAGCAGUGCAAUAACAAAAGGGGAUAUUCAAGCGUUCUCUGCGACUUACUGGGUUGAGAACAUGGUCAAACCUGUCCUAUUUUCGCAGGCAGUGGAGAGGUCACACAGUGGCUGUCAUAACAUUGGUGCGUGUAUCGAGAUCGGACCUCAUCCAGCUCUCCGUGGGCCAGUUUUGGAUACAUUGAGAUCAAAAGGAAGUUCGAACGUUCUUUAUACUUCGUUGCUUCACAGAGGACACAAUGAUCUCAAGGCUGCAUCAUGCGCCGUCGGCUACCUUUGGGAACGUAUGCCUGAACGUGUGGACAUUGGGAGGUUCCUCCAAAGUCUUAGCAAUCAACCCCUACAACUAAUGAAGGGAUUACCAGCUUACACCUGGGACCAUACGAGGAGAUACUGGAGAGAGUCUCGCGUGUCGCGCACAUACCGUCUCGAAGGCACACAACUGCACCCGCUACUGGGCCGGCGAUCUGCUACUAAAUUCCCGAACGAGAUGUCUUGGAGGAACAUCCUGCACCUAAAAGAGAUGCCAUGGGCUCAAGGGCAUAGGAAAAAGGGCCAGGUAGUGCUUUCGACUGCUUUUUACCUUUCUUCUCUAUUAGCGGCUGCUAGCUCUGCGGCUAUGUGCCAGUGCCUUGUGUUGGUUGAGGUCGAGAAUUUAGUUACCAUGGAAUGUCUGACUUUGCAAGAGCAUGGCGACGGCAUAGAAUACAUCACAACGCUACGAAUCCGCGCCGAACAUUCCGAGACACCUUCGGACGCCAAACUCGAUGCCGAAGGAUCCUGUCAUGCCAGCCUUAGCGACGGAUCAGUGUUAACGAAGCUAUGCACUGCACGUCUAACACUCCAUGUCAGACAAGCCAACCGUCCUAAUUGUGACCAGUUACCCCCAAGGGAACAGCAGAAUCCCCUACUCACGCCUAUAAAUGUUGCUGAUCUGUACGACUCAUUUGAACAGGUUGGCACUGACUAUUCCGGACCCUUUCGAAGCAUAAUCUCGAUCCAGCGGUCUCUCGGCAGAGCCACGGCUUGUGCGGCUUGGCCAGCAGAUACAACUUUUUUGGGGUCACUACUUCACCCGGCUAUACCAGAGACAUCAUUCCAGACAAUAACGUGCGCCUUUGCCUCACCAUGGAGCAAGGCAUUGUGCACCUCAUUCCAUGCAAAGGAGAUUCGUCGCGCCCUCGUGCAACCUUACUUUGCUCUGAAGAGCCCUUCAUGCUUAAUCGACGCUUUUGUGACUACAGUGGACAAUUGUGGAGUGAAAGGCGAUGUAUCGUUGUACGACCCGGAUGGAAACGCCAUGAUACAAAUCGAGGGUUUGGUCAUGGAAAGUGCCCCUCAACCCCAUGUUUCAGCCGGCCGUAGCCUGUACUCGCACAUGGUGUGGGAGAGCGACCCUUUUGGCUAUUCAUUAACGUCCUCAUAUAAUACCCAAGAUGAGAUGAUGGCGUGGAGAAACGCAGCGGAUAUCGUCGUCUGGUAUCAUUUCCGAAGACUGGUGGAUGAGAUCGAUCCACUCGAGUCUGCUGGGCUUCUACCUCAUCACCAACUUUUGUAUCGUGAGAUUAGCCGCAUUGCUGAUGAUGGCAAGGGCUCUGAGAACUACCUUCCUCAGCCCGAUGAUGGCCCGAUGUCAGAAGAGAGUUUGCUGGCAAUGAUCGACGGAUAUGCGGGGGUUGUCGAUCUUCAUUCAUUGCACUCACUCGGCAUGGCCUUACCAGCAAUUCUACGAGGGGAGAACGACCCUUUUGACAUAUCGAACGGAGGCAGCAUCCUCGAGCGCCUAUCCCACGCUUCCGGGAUGUUUUCUGCAUUGAAGACAGAUCUUUGCUGCAUCGUCAAGCGUAUUGGACACAAGCAUCCCCACAUGGAUGUCUUGGAGCUUCACGUUGGCACUGGUGUGAUCACUCAGCAGAUAUUAGAAGCUCUUGAUGAUAAAUAUAGUUCCUAUGGCCUGAGCAGCGCGACCCCAAUAUCACUCGAGCAGACGGUGGCCAGGCUGUCAACUCAGCACCGCAACCUAUAUUCCAAGGUCGUUGAUCUUACUACGGCGGAGGAUGGUGAACAUGGCAGCGACAAGUAUGACAUGGUCAUUGCUGCCAACCCCUUCCACGCAACUGAUGCAUCUGCCAGCCUGUUGGAAACUUGCCGCGCAAUACUAAAGCCUGGUGGCUACCUUGUAUUUGUUAGACUGAGCGGGCGAAUGCCAAUGUCGUUGUUGUGCGUCUGUGGGCUGCUUCCCCGGUGGUGGCAAGGAUACAAUCACGAUGCCCAGACUUGGUCGGACAUGUCAACCGUUAAAUGCAACGCGCAACUCCGCUCUAAGGGUUUCUCUGGGAUCGAUCACAUCUUCCAUGGCUCGACGCACCCAAAUGAGGAUGGUCUUUCAGUCAUUGUCACUCAGGCAGUGAACGAUACAGUCCUGAUGCUUCGAGAGCCGAUGAAUUCAACCGGGCUGGCGCCACUGACGGAGACUGUGGCCCUCAUUGGGGGCAAGACACUAUUGGUAGCACGCCUUCUCCAGAGUAUUCAAAGGAUUCUCGCUGCAUCAGGUUCCACCACAACAGCAAUAGUGGAAAACAUAGGCCAGCUGGACCUGGAUGAUUUCACGAACAAAUAUGCAAUCAUCUCCCUGCUGGAGCUUGACGAGCCUUUCUUCGCCCAAGGAAUCUUCCACGAGAGGGUCCUCAAUUUCAAAAAGCUUGUGGCAAGGUCGAAGCACGUCCUCUGGUUGACAUCUUCACAGAUGCCAAGCAUAACUGUUGCUCUUGGGAGAGCAAUGAGAUUGGAAAAGGGAAACAAUACCAAUCUUCAAUUCCUCCAGUUGUCUAGUAUGGAGAACAUUUCGCCUGCCACUGUAGUGGAGAUUUUCUUGCGCCUCACAUGGUCUAGUGUCCCUAUGUUGACGGACGGGCAAAUGCUUUGGACAAACGAAUCCGAGCUACAGUGGGAUGGAUGCGCGCUGCGCAUUCCACGACUGGUUUGGGACCCAAGACGAAACCAGAGGUACAAUUCCAGACACCAAGAAACUCAUCCAAAAGCAUGCCUCUCACAGACAUCAGUGAUUCUCCCGCGAGAGAUGUUGGAAACCUCGGUAGCCGUUCAAGUCAAAUAUUCCUGCCUCAUUUGUACGGAUGCCUAUCUGUGGUUUGGUACACGUGUCGAUGGACGGGGAAAUGCAAUCGGCAUUUCUGAUCAUAUUUCAUCUGUCGUGCAGGCAAGGCCUGAACAUGUUCACAGUCCUGUCGAUGAAGAUGGUUUAAGCCCGGACACAUUGCGAGUUACUGCUAGCUUGAUUCUAGCAUACCUUCUUUUGAAGUCUCGACAUGGCCCAAUUCUUCUCUAUGAACCAGAUAAUUUACUUGCUGUGGCUGUCGAGCAAGCGCGUGGCCCUGAGCACACCAUCUACUGCAUCACUUCAAAGUGUAACCAUAUCGUCAAUGGGUGGAUCGCAGUCCACCCUUACGCAUCGCGACGUAUGGUUGAACGAUUAUUGCCGCGAGAAGUGUCCGCCUUUGUCGAUUUUUCUGCUUCUGAUAAUCAUGUAGUGACCGUACUUCGCAAGAUAUAUUCUCAAACUCAGAUCCAGCCGGCAGAACUAUAUCGUCGUGUGUUUCUUGAAAGUCCUGGCCAACUUAUCGCGGAUACCUAUAUUCGAGCAUGUACCAGCCUGUCGACUCUUCCACUGGCAGUUACCCCUUCGGCGGAGGCCUCACCAAACAACCCCCUGGUCACUUAUCCGAAAUUGGUGGACUGGACAGGCUCUCCUCCAAUACCGAGCCAUGGUGAAAUGCUCCGGACCGCAAACCUGUUCUCCCCGAGCGGAACCUACUGGAUGAUUGACAUGGCAACCCCACUGGGAUUGUCGAUUCUGACAUGGAUGGCGAGCAACGGGGCACGGACGUUUGUUCUUUCCAGCUGGAAUCCACACGUGCACGAGGCUUGGUUGGAGGAGAUGUCUCGUCUAGGAGCUACUGUGAAACCCUUGAAGAUGGAUCCUCUCAACAAAAAGUCCAUUUUGUCAGCUUUCACUCAAAUCAAGCAGACUUUGCCACCUAUUGUAGGUGUCUGCUAUGCUCCCGUAGCUAUAUCCGACAAAGGGUUUGCGUUUACUGCCCAUGAUGAGGGUGGUCUUGUCACGAAUGCUACGAUCAAUGCAGCAAAGUAUCUCGACGAGCUAUUCCCGACACCAACACUAAACUUCUUCGUGAUUUUGACUUCUCUUGUCUCUGUUCUUGGAACUCCAAAGCAGGUAGCAUAUCAUGCCUCAGCACAGUUUAUGACUGGUCUCAUUCACCAGCGUAGGUGGAAAGGCCUGGCAGGGUCCGUAUUGGCCCUCGGUAUGGUUGUCGAUGCGGAAUACUUUGUCAAGCAAGGCAGGGAGGUGAUCCAGCGCAUGAUGCACCAUGGAUACGCGCCUCUAUCUGAGUCCGAUGUACAUCAUGCUUUUGGUGAAGCGGUAGCUGCUGGACCACCUGAGGCCGAGGGGAAUCCGGAGAUAUUCUUUGGUCUACAAAUGAUCGAUUCGCAUAUUGAUCGGAGCGGAGAAUUGUCGUGUCGCUCAAGCCACCUUCUUUCUCACUUCACCACCAAAGACUUUGAAGCCAAACCAGGACAAGAUACUGAACAGGUAGAUUCGUCAUCACUCCGUCUUCCUAGCCAGGAGUCGGAGAAAUUAGAGCCAAGACGAAGUACAUAUGACACGUUGCUCGCGCGUUUUUCGAACCGGGUCAAGUCAAUUCUUCGGCUUCCCGAUCAAACAUUGGACCUCCACGCCCCACUUCUGGACCUAGGCUGUGAUUCCCUUUUGGCUGUGGAUCUUCAGAUCUGGAUGGUCAAGGAGUUCGAUAUCGAGAUGACCCCCAUGGGUGUACUCCUAGACACUGUCGCAGGGCUGUGCGAGAAAGCCGUCUGCCGGCCUGGCACUCCCGGCCCAGUGCCACAGGAGGAAGAUUUACCUGCCAAAGAGAGUGAUAACGUAGAUCUUAUGACAACUGCAUCGAGCUCGGAACACAACAGCUCAGUUCAAGACCUGCCACUCGAUACCAGUAAUUCGGAGUCAUCCUGUGUCCUAUGUCCUUCUGACUCCGGCUUUGAACGGGAACAAGACGUCUUCGAAUCAAGGUUCACACGACUUGAGAAGAUGUCUCCACAUCAGUCGCAGAUCUGGUUCGCGGGCCACUGGAUGAAGGACCCUACUCAGUAUAACGUCGUUAUCUCGUACAAAGCUCAGGGGAGCUUUCUAGUCGACAAGUUCAAAGGUGCCUUGGAUAAGGCAGUCUCCCGGCACGAAUCGCUACGGACUGCCUUCUUUUCAGACCCUAAUAAUGGUGACCUCGUUCAGGGUGUCCUAAAAACCCAACCACCUUUCUUUGAGCACGUAAUGGCUGUAAGCGCCGCCUCUGUGGCACAGGAGUUUGACCGGCUGGCGUCUUACCAGUGGCGGCUGGAUCUUGGUGAAGUCAUCCGAGUUGCAGUGGUGUCUAUUGGGCAGGACCAACACACCGUCAUCUUUGGAUACCAUCACAUUGUUAUGGACGGGGCUAGUUGGUCUACCUUUCUACAUGAUUUAAGGCGUUUUUAUGAGCAGAGCCCACCACAUGAAGUUGCGCAAUACGUUGACUAUUCUCUGAUGCUGAAUCGUGACAUCGAUAAUGGAGCCUUCGCAAAAGAGCUAGAGUACUGGAAGUCCGAGCUUUCACCACCGCCAGAAGUGAUACCUGUCCUCCCUGUCGCCAAGGAGAAGACCCGUACGGCAACAAAUAAUUUCAAGAUCCACAAAGUGACGCGGUAUGUAAGCGUUGGAGUCGCAGACAGGAUCAAAAAAGCUAGUCGCAGUCUUCGAGGCACACCCUUUCAUUUCUACCUAGCAACAUUGCAGGUCCUCCUCGCUGGACUGCUGAAGAUCGAGAAUCUCUGUAUCGGAAUGAGCGACGCCAAUCGCAAACACCAGCAGUUCAUCGGCACAGUUGGCUAUUUUCUGAACAUGUUGCCUCUGAGAUUUCACGUCCAACAAACGGACAGCUUUGCCAAUAUAUUCCAAAAGACAUCUUCGAAGGUCCUGACCGCCUUGUCGCACUCCUCAAUUCCCUCCAACUUGGUUGUGGACGCACUGAAUCUCCCGCGCGUAUUGAGUGUAACGCCUCUCUUCCAGGUUGCUAUAAACUACCGCGUAGGGGAGAUCACCAGGAUGUCAGUGGACGACUUUGACCUCAAUUACGAUCGGAGUGUGAUGGGCAAUGCACCGUACGAUGUCUCCUUCCAUGUCACACCAUGUGUGAACGGCACCUCUAUUGUGGAAGUGAACUGUCGGGACUAUUUGUACUCGCCCGAAGCCACGGAAUCCAUCAUGGAUGAGUAUAUCCGGCUGCUUGAUCUCAUGUCUUCUGAUCCUUCACUUUCCGUUCGGAGCAGUCUUGCCCCAUCCUCCUCUGUGAAUGAGGACGGUCUCUCGAUUCAACGUGGGCCGAGGAUGUCUCAUGGCUGGCCAUCGACUUUGCCGGAGCGGUUCCAGGAUAUAACUGAUCGAUAUGGAGAUAAAGUCGCCGUUUCGGAUCCCAGUGGUGAUUUCAGCUAUUUGCAACUGUACGCGCAAAGUACCCAUAUUGGGGAAGCUCUCCUCCAUAGAGGAAUCCGAUCUGGAGACACAGUCGCAGUCUUGUGCCACCCGUCCAUUAAUUCGGUGGCGAGCAUGUUAGCGGUUCUUCGCAUCGGUGCGGUUUAUGUGCCCCUCGACCUGAGCCUUCCUACUGCAAGGCACAAAGCUAUGAUCUUGGCUUCCCCUGUUACAGGACUAGUUUGCCUCUCCUCUACCGCUGGGAAAGCCUCAGAAUUAGAAGUUUCAACCGUUAUCAACAUCUCCGAGAUUCCCGACAUUCAAACUCCAUCCAUACCUUUCACAAGCGGUUCAAAGGGUGACUGUUUGUCGAUUUUACUCUACACAAGCGGCUCGACAGGCCAGCCUAAGGGCGUCCGUUUGCCCCAGAGGGGAUUCAUCAACUACCUUGCCGCCAAGAGGAAAGCGCUCGGCCUUGACAGCUCGACGGUCGUCCUGCAACAGAGCUCACUGGGAUUCGACAUGGGACUUGCACAGACUCUCAAUGCUGUGAUGAACGGAGGAAGGCUUGUCAUCGUACCCCAGGAAGUACGUGGAGAUUCAAUUGAAAUUGCAAGAAUCAUUCGCGACCACAAAGUAACUUUCACGCUAGCCACUCCGUCAGAAUACCUCGUCAUGCUUCAACAUGGUCGUGAAUAUCUCAGCCAUCACGCUGGAUGGCGCCACGCCUGUCUAGGUGGUGAGCCUUUCACGGACCAGCUCAAGCGAGAGUUUGCGCGGCUGGGAAAGAAUUGUCCUAUGGUGCAGGACUCCUACGGUGUGACCGAGAUUUCCGCAUGUACAACCUUCGAGACGAUGUCUGCCUCGCAGCUCGAAGGGGCACGGAGCGUUGGAAGAACAAUUCCAAACACUUCUCUGUACAUCGUGGACGCGGAAUGCAACCUUGUUGCCAUUGGAGAGCCUGGGGAAAUCUGUAUCAGUGGCACUGGUGUUGCAUUGGGGUACCUGAAUGAGGAGCAGACAAGGUUGAAAUUCGUGGAAGAUCCAUUUGCUCUUCCAGCUGAUGUGGCCAGAGGAUGGACUCGAAUGUACCGUACCGGCGACAAAGCCAAACUACUUAAGGAUGGCUCUCUGGUCCUCCUGGGCCGAAUGGAUGGGGACACAGAGAUCAAGCUUCGAGGACUUCGUAUAGAUCUCGAAGACGUGGCUUCUACUAUGCUAAACUGCCACCCGAAUCUGCUCUCAUCGGCCAUCGUGUGUGUCAAAGACCAGGGUGUUUCAGAGAUCCUCGUCGCCUUUGUGGCCCUGAUGCCGGGACAGACUGCUACCGACGUCGAGCUGCAAUACCUCGCCAGUAAUCUCCCUUUACCACAGUAUAUGCGCCCUUCCACAGUGAUUUGCCUAGACGAAUUACCCCGAAACUCGAAUGGAAAGAUUGAUCGGAAAAAGAUAGAUGGCAUGCCAUGGGUGGCGCCAGCUACCACGGGUCAACCAUCGAAACGGCUUACGUUGGGCGAGGGUGAGCUUAAGCUUCUUUGGCAGGUUUUGCUGCCUGGUAAGCACAUCCAACCGGAGUCUGACUUUUUUCUUCUCGGUGGAAAUUCCACGUUGCUGGUCAGGUUACAAGGCGCAAUUCGCACCUCCAUUGGCAUCUCACUGACCCUCCGGGAACUGUAUGGCGCCUGCACGCUGGCACAGAUGGCGCUCAAGGUUGACGCUCGAAAAGCUGACGCACCAUCAAUGUCGAUCAAUUGGCUCGCAGAAACAUCAAUACCGCAAAAUAUCCUCGAUUGUGCCCCCUCAACGCCGAAAGGCUUGCUACCUAAACGUCACAAAAGAUCGGGUUGGCAGAUCCUCCUUACUGGCUCGACAAGCUUCCUUGGGAGAGUCCUGGUGCAGGUUCUCCUCCAGGUGCACAAAGUGGACAGAGUGCAUUGUAUUGCCGUGGAAAAGGAGCAAGAGCACGUCCUUCCCAGUAGCGAAAAGGUAUCGCUCUACUAUGGAACCCUUCUCGAUCCAAUGCUCGGUCUUUCUACCCCGGAAUGGGCGUCCCUGCAGUGCUGUAUCGAUGUUGUGAUCCAUGGUGGCUCGAACGGCCACUGUCUUAACACCUACAACUCCUUGAAAGCACCGAACCUGGGCUCAACCCAUCGCCUCGCCCAAUUUGCCCUGCAGUCACACAUCCCCUUGCACUAUAUCUCUUCCGGGAGGGUCAUACUGCAGUCCGGACAGACUUCCCUCGGGCCUACGUCACUGUCUUUUCACCCUCCUCCGCUCGACGGGUCUGACGGUCUCACGGCCACGAAAUGGGCAAGCGAGGUCUUCCUCGAGCGUUUCGCCGCGCAAACCGGUGUGAGUAUUAGUAUCCACCGUCCCUGCACACCGAUCGGCGAUCAAGCUCCAGCCCAGGACGCACUAAACUCUCUCCUACGCUACUCUGUCAUUCUCGGUGCGACACCUCGCCUUACCAGAAUGGAAGGAUACUUGGACUUUCAGAAGGUCGAGAUCAUUGCGGAUGAGAUCUCCACACUAGUGAUGUCUAGGCUCACCACGCAUUCGAAUGCACCAUCAUCUCGAACAUCCGAAGUGUGCUUUUUCCACCACUCAAGCAAUAUCCAGGUGCCCGUGAAGAACUUCAAAGAGUAUAUGGAGAAAGUGCACAGUCGGCCGUUCCAAGAAAUGAGUUUGCAAGAAUGGAGCUCUCUGGCAUUGGACCAGGGGAUUGAGCCAUUAAUUCCUAGCUUCUUGGAGGCCGUGGACGAUAACGAGGAAACUCUGCGAUACCCUUAUUUGGGUCAAUAA